AAAGCGACGCCACGUUGACAUUGUUCCUAUCUCUUUCUCACUUGCUUCCCUUUCUUACGAGAUUACGUCAACUUCUAUAAAACGCAUAAUAAAAUAUUAUCCGCUCGCCACCAAAAAAAAUAUGACUCCUCAGGACCAAAAGAGUGUAACCAACGCCGCCGCCAGCGGAGAAGUGCGCUACAGAGGGGUAAGGAAGAGACCAUGGGGAAAAUACGCAGCCGAGAUCCGUAAUCCGAUAAGUAAGAACCGAAAGUGGCUUGGGACGUUUAAGACGGCGGAAGAUGCAGCCAGAGCUUACGACUCCGCGGCAAGAGAGUUUCGUGGCUCCAAGGCAAUAACCAACUUCCCUCUCCCCGGAUACGGCAGGGGUGCUUUGGUGACGCCAGUGAGGACAAUUCCACCUGGUGCUCGGGACAUGGAGAUAAACUUUUCCUUAACGGAGCCUGCCGGUGCUCAGGACGUCUUGUCUCCGGCUGUAGCGGAAGCAGUUGCUGGAUUUUUCAUAGAUCAGCCGGAGGCUAUUGAGUUGAGAGAGGAGCUGGAUCGAGUUUAUCCACUCGGGUUUGAACCUGAUGAUAUGGGGUUGAGUGUUGGUCUUGAAACCCCCCUUGAAGUCGAGCCAGAGUCUUCAUCAGCCGUGGAAGUCGAGCCAGAGACUAACUCAGCCGUGGAUGGUAACGUGAAUCUAAACCUUAACCUAGGUGCCUAAAUGUUACUUCGAUAUUAACAAAUUAUCCUUUUUUUCAUUUGUUUUCUUGGAGAACUUUGUAUUGUUGAUUAUUGUAUGGCUCUUCUUUUUUGUCUGUACUUUUUAUUGGGUAGAUAUUCAUUGUCUAUUGGUCUGUUAAACUUUAAAGAUGAAAUGAAGAAGCGAGAAUAAGUAUUGGUUUUA